ACCCCGGCGGGGCGCGGAGGGGACUCGCCGGGGGCUUCCCCGCGUCACCCGGGCUGUCAGGACCCCUGGGCCCACGGUCGCAGGUCCGAGGGCCGCACCGCCUGUGUGCGCCGCGUCCCACCCCCGCGCGUAAACGGCCCGGCCCUCCGCAGCUGCUUUCCCCCGUGGCUCCGCCCGCGGCCCAAUUUCCCGGCGACAGUUUCCCGGCGACGGGCGGGCGGGGCGGCUCUGCCCACCCACCCGGGACCGCGUCCGCGCGCCGCCGAGUCCCGCUGUCCGCCCCGGAUGCCGCCUGCCGGCGCGCUCCGCUGCCCGCGGGGGGCUCCGGGGGUCCUCUCCGCCGGCCGCAGCAUCGGGUCGGUGAUCGGGGGCGCGGAGAGGGGGCGGCCCGGCGGUGAGAGCCGGUGGGCCCUUCGCCCCGUGCAUGGCAGCCUCACCUGACCUGGCCUCCGUCCGGCCCGUCGCGGCGGGCAGGGCCCUGGGGGUCGCCGCCGCGAUGGAUUCGCUGGCAGCGCCCCGGGACCGCCUGGUGGAGCAACUGCUGUCCCCGCGGACCCAGGCCCAGAGGCGGCUCAAGGACAUUGACAAGCAGUACGUGGGCUUUGCCACACUGCCCAACCAGGUGCACCGGAAGUCUGUGAAGAAGGGCUUUGAUUUCACGCUCAUGGUAGCCGGUGAGUCGGGCCUGGGAAAGUCCACGCUGGUCCACAGCCUCUUUCUGACAGACUUAUACAAGGACCGGAAAUUGCUCAGCGCGGAGGAGCGCAUCAGCCAGACAGUAGAGAUUCUGAAGCACACGGUGGACAUUGAGGAGAAGGGGGUCAAGCUGAAGCUGACCAUUGUGGACACUCCAGGCUUCGGGGACGCCGUCAAUAACUCUGAGUGCUGGAAGCCCAUCACCGACUAUGUGGACCAGCAGUUCGAGCAAUAUUUCCGCGACGAGAGUGGCCUCAACCGUAAGAACAUCCAGGACAACCGAGUGCACUGCUGCCUGUACUUCAUCUCCCCUUUCGGGCACGGGCUGCGGCCCGUGGAUGUGGGGUUCAUGAAGGCUCUGCACGAGAAGGUCAAUAUUGUGCCCCUCAUCGCCAAAGCUGACUGCCUGGUCCCGGGAGAAAUUCGCAAGCUGAAGGAGCGGAUCCGGGAGGAGAUUGACAAGUUCGGGAUCCAUGUGUACCAGUUCCCCGAAUGUGACUCGGACGAGGAUGAGGACUUCAAGCAGCAGGACAGGGAGCUGAAGGAGAGCGCGCCCUUCGCUGUGAUCGGCAGCAACACGGUGGUGGAGGCCAAGGGGCAGCGGGUCCGAGGGCGCCUGUAUCCCUGGGGCAUCGUGGAGGUGGAGAACCAGGCGCACUGCGACUUUGUGAAGUUGCGCAACAUGCUGAUCCGGACACACAUGCACGACCUCAAGGACGUGACCUGCGAUGUGCACUAUGAGAACUACCGGGCGCACUGCAUUCAGCAGAUGACCAGCAAACUGACCCAGGACAGCCGCAUGGACAGCCCCAUCCCCAUCCUGCCCCUGCCCACUCCCGACGCCGAGACCGAGAAGCUCAUCAGGAUGAAGGACGAGGAGCUAAGGCGCAUGCAGGAGAUGCUGCAGAAGAUGAAGCAGCAAAUGCAGGACCAGUGACCAGCGCCCCUGCCCCACAGCCCCAUGUGGCCGCAGAUAGAACUGCCAGUCUCUGGGCUGGCCCUUCCCACCCCCAUGCACCCCAACCAGUCUGGCCUCCACCCUGGACUCAUCUGGAUCUCCAACGGGCCUGGACAUGUCCCCAACCCUGGAGUGGCCCAGACACGGACUGUUCCCCAAGCGACCCAGAGAGGCGGGGGCAUAUUCCCCCGGCCAACCCUAAUUUAUUCUCAGUGCUGACCCCCUCCCCGUCAUAGGUGUCUGCUUCCAGGGAUCGAGACAGCAGCCCCCCCGGGAAGGCCCGCUCUGGUCUUGGGGGGAGCAGGAGCUAACAUAGGGCUGAGACUUCUGAUAUAAGCCCCUCCCCCCGCCCCAGAGAGUCUCAGCAGACUCCAGGCCUUUCUCAGGUGGGCAGGUAAACCAAGGCAGAAGGGGGACGCUGACCUGGGGCUCCCGGGGGCCCAACCCCCACUGCCGCAGUGCGGACUCAGGAGCCCCCUGCCCCAGCUAUGCUGGGAGUGCGCUGAGCUGAGGCAGGCGGGAUCCUCCCGCACUUACUCACCCCCCACACCGGCAAGCUCCACGGACAGGUUGGUGGGCUACUGGGCAGAAGGGGCCUUUAGGAUCCUACCAGACCUAAGGAGACCCCAGGAGCUGGCCAGGAGCUCCAGGGGUUGCUUGUGCUAGGUCACUCGCGCCCCUGACCCAGGGUCUGUGGGUGGUGGGAGAUCCCCCCCACCCGCAACCCCCUAAACCGACACAUCCCUUCUCUGCUGGUGCUGCGGGGCCCUCCCACCCAGUAGCACCUUUGCCGGUUCCGGGGCCGCCCCCUCCCGACGCCCCCUAUCCUUCCACCCGCAUGGCCCCGCCCCUUAAAAGGUCCCCCUCUCCCAUUUUGUUCUCCCGUCGUGAAUGCCACCUCCUGUCCUGGUGACAGGAGAACAAUGUUGGUGAACAUGG